AUGCACCCAACAUGUUCUACAGUGGAACCAGUGCACAAUUUAAGGGAGGCUGUGGAUGUUGCUGAUGGCAAGGCAUCAACGCUUGGGGCUAGUUCAGGAGGCGUACCUCUAGAGAUUGGAAUACCGAAGCUUGUUGUUGACCUGGCACACACUGAUCUACAUGCGCCUCUAAUCCCACAACUACCAGUACCAGUUCCUGAGGAAGAACCCAAUGAUCAUGAAAUGGAAAACACAUCUGUAACUUCUCAAACCCCACCAGCACCAAGACCCUCAUUCUUUACCCCACAACGCAAAAGCAUUAGGUUAGCAGAGAAAUCCAAAACCACACAAGGAAAAGGAGCAAUCCAAGUUGCAGAGGAGUUGCUUGUCAAAAAGCUAGGAGACUUAUCGCCACUAGCAACACAAGAGGAAGCUGACCAAUUUGAAUUUUUUGCGCAACAUUUGGAGCGUCCGCUCACCAAGGCGAAGAUGGAUGCCCUCACGGUGCUAAUUGAAGUGGGGCAACAAAAAAACAAGAAGAGGGGCAAGCUAACCAAAGGGUGA